CUCUAUUUCUCUCUCUCUCUCUGUGAAAAAGAUCAAGGCCUUCGCUUCCUCCCCUUUUCAGCUGUCACUUUUCACUCCCAAUAUCACUCCUCACAUAUUAUACACACAAAAACACAAGCGCUCUCUAAGGUACAGCAAGGUCUAGGAAUGAUCAACGAAGCCCACGAAGGCGCAAUUCGUAUCUGAUCACACCCAAAGCUUCCACUCAAUCCCUCAAUCAUGUCUCCGUACGACUCCGCAACGUCGUCCGGGGGCGGAAGCGGCAGCUCCGCCUCCUCCAGUGCCAAACCCUCCGAGAUUGACGGCCUCCUUGCCGGCGCCGGAUACAAGGUCCGCUCCUCCGACCUACGCCAUGUGGCCCAACGCCUCGAACGCCUCGAGACCGCCAUGGUCAACUCUCCGGCCGAGAUUUCCAACCUCGCCUCCGAUUCGGUCCACUACAACCCCUCCGAUAUUGCCUCUUGGGUCGACUCCCUCCUCUCCGAACUCCACCAGACCGCAUCUAUGCCGUCCGAUCUUCCGGAUCUUCCGGAUCUCAUGGUGGCCCCCGCGAUCAAUCAUACGGUGUUGAGUGACGCUGCGUGGACGGAUCAAGAUGCGCCUCAGCAACUGAAUCAGUUCACUGUCGUGACGGCGAUGGAAGAAGAUUCCGGGAUAAGGCUGGUCCACAUGCUGAUGACGUGUGCGGAAUCCGUGCAACGUGGCGAGCUCGCAUUCGCUGGUUCGCUGAUCGAAGAUAUGCAGGCUUUGCUCACGCGAGUCAACACAAGCUGCGGUAUAGGAAAAGUCGCCGACUACUUCAUCGAUGCGCUGAGACGCCGGAUUUUCUCACCGCAGAGCGUCUGCUUCGGCGGCUCUGGCUCCGCCUCGCUUUACGAGAACGAGGUUUUGUACCAUCAUUUCUACGAGGCGUGUCCGUACUUGAAGUUCGCUCACUUCACGGCGAACCAAGCAAUAUUAGAAGCUUUCGACGGUCACGAUUGCGUCCACGUCAUUGACUUCAACCUGAUGCACGGCCUGCAGUGGCCGGCUCUGAUACAAGCCCUGGCGCUACGACCCGGUGGGCCCCCUUUGCUCCGGCUGACCGGCAUUGGCCCACCCUCACCGGACGGGCGUGACUCGCUCCGCGAAGUCGGAUUGCGACUCGCUGAGUUGGCUCGAUCAGUCAACGUCCGGUUCGCCUUCCGGGGCGUGGCGGCUUCGCGGCUCGAGGACGUGAAGCCGUGGAUGCUCCAGGUGGGCCCCAAAGAAGCUGUGGCCGUAAACUCAAUCAUGCAGCUCCACCGUCUUCUCGGGUCCGACUCGACCCGUAAUUCGCCGGUGGAAGUAGUUCUUGGAUGGAUCCGGAACUUGAACCCGAAAAUUAUGACAGUAAUUGAGCAAGAAGCGAACCAUAAUCAACCCGGGUUCAUGGACCGGUUCACAGAGGCUCUGUACUACUAUUCGACCAUGUUCGAUUCGCUCGAGGGUUGUGCACUCCAACCGGAAAAAGCCUUGGCGGAGAUAUACAUACAGAGAGAGAUAUGCAACGUGGUGUGCUGUGAAGGCUUGGCUCGGGUGGAGCGGCACGAGCCGUUGGGAAAAUGGAGAGCUCGGCUUGGACAAGCCGGAUUUAGGCCAUCGCACUUAGGAUCCAAUGCGUUUAAGCAAGCCAGUAUGCUUCUCACUCUGUUCUCGGCUGAGGGGUACUGCGUAGAGGAAAAGGAAGGGUGCUUGACGCUUGGCUGGCACAGCCGGCCUCUCAUCGCGGCUUCGGCUUGGCAAGCCGUGCCGGACGCAAACCCUCCACUUGGGAUAGUAAAUCAUCAUAGUAACCAUAAUGCGCUGUAAAUUUUUUCUUUUCUAUUCCUCACUUUUUCAGUCUACAGUUUUCUUGUUUUUUACUUUUUACUGCCAAAAGAAUUUUACUUUAGGUAAAAUGCUUUACGUCACCUUUUUCAUCUA